AUGAAAACGCGAGUACAACAAGAAACCGGGAGGACUUCUAGCAGUAGGCUAGGUCGGCGAUUCAUAAAGAGCAAGGCGUAUCGCCUGAAAUACUCCGCUUUGCUAAUAUUGAAGCAGCUCGGUAUCGGUUCUACGAGGAGUCGCUACAAAGUGUACUUCAAGCUCCUCCUAAGAACUAUAGCGAUGAACGAUGGUUACGAGCCUAUUGAAGAAUGUACCGUAAAAGACGUUGGAUGGAUGAAGGUUUCUUUUUUCGAUACAGGACUAAACGGAUUCGUUAAACAUGGGCGAGCAUGGUACUUGGGAAACGGAAUAUGA